UUGUCUUCUCAGUGCGUGCAUCUAUCAUAUGGGAGAGGUCAUUGCCUUGUCAAGUCCAUCGCGUCAGUCAAGUGAGAGGACACACACAGAUAAAUUGGCUGACAGCAAUCCGUCCCACUCCAAAUCAUCUGUCAUCUCAUGUACAGCUCUCUCGCAGUCAGCCAUCCAUCCAUCCAUCCAGCCAUCCCCUGUGCAUCGUCACCGCGCUCACUGGCCAGAUCUAGCCGCCCUUCCGCAACGGACACCACUCAUGAGCUCGCCAACUCAUCAAGGGCACCUGCCGCGUCCGGCAGCCCAACCAGCCAGCAAAGCACGUGGAAACGCACGGCUGGCAUACAUCAGAGAGUUUUUCCAAUCAAUCAGCAAGCACUCGUUGUCGCCCCACUGUCUACACUCCCCACGUGUGUUCCACUCCUGCCCGAUCUAUGCCGACGGACGCAGUGGUCGCGCAUGUCAGCAAGCAACGACCAGAACCAGAACACACGAAGAGGAUGCACCUCAGCAGAGCAAGCGCCAUCGGUAGGGUAGCAACAGCUAUCAAUACUCGUCGAAAAAAUCCCUCAAGCUCUGCAAUACAACACACACAUCAGAAGCACAGACAUACAGACCGGCCACGCCCCCCACGGCACGGCACCCUCUCCACUCCCUCACCUUUCCGAAUGCCAGUGCAAUGCCGCCCGUGAAGAGCGCCGCCCCGAGGAUCCCAAACACCUGUGUGUCCGACAGCUUCGCCAGCAGCUCCGUGUUCUCCACCAGAUCACUCACAGACAUGUCCGUCACCGUCUGCGGCGUCGAGACGACAGGCUGCCGCAGAAUGUUGCUGCUGCGUGACCGAGCCGAGGCAAGCGAGCGGCCGGUGCUGCCAGAGCCGUGGUGCGGGUUGAUGACGGGCUGGAAGGCCGUUGCGUGCGCGAUGAAGAUCAGCGCGAUGACGCAGAUGGACAGGAGCUUCUGCAUGGUGGGAG